UGACGUCAUCGAGUACGCUGACGUCAGGUAGAGGCCUAGUGGACGUCGCAUUGGGUGUCCCCUUUUUGCUGAUGAGGUUGUCUUGUCCCCUCUGUACACCGUCACGCUGUGUUUAGCAUCUCUCUCCGCGUUUCAUAUUGUGAGCGUCUCUUCCUGUGACGGGAUCCCGAUAGGAGGUGACUCCCCGGGGGACCCGCGACGUUCACCCCGGUGAUUGGCUGGAGCGGAUUUCUGUUCUGUGAGUUCAGAGGACGCAGGUUAUUAUGGAAGAAGUCUCCAAGAAUAGUUCAGAACCCACUCAGACAAUCUCCGCUUCAGUACUGCAAGCAGCACAAAUCUCUCAGAUUGCUCAGCAGAUGUCAUUGAGAGGUUCCACUCCCAUUGUUUUCCAAGUUCCUGGUGGGGAACAAGUCCACGUUCAGGGUGUUAUUCAUACAGCCCAAUCGUCGUCAGUAAUACAUUCUCCUCAGGUUGCUGCAGGGCAGGUUUCAUCACUAUCAGAAAGUGAUGACUCUCAGGAUUCAUCUGACAGUAUUGAUUCUUCACGAAAAAUACGGGGUAUCUUAGCUCGUCGGCCAUCAUACAGGAAAAUUCUGAAAGAUCUGUCUUCGGAAGACACUGGUGAAAGAAAGCAUAGUGACGAUAAUGCUGGGGUUUCUACUGUUACAUCUAUUCCUUCUUCUACAACUAUAUAUCAGACGAGUACCGGACAAUAUGUCACUAUUGCUCCAAACGGAACUUUACAGUUUGCUGGCUCAGGAUCUGAUGCAGUUCAGGGUUUGCAGACAUUAACUAUGUCAAAUGCUGGAAGUGCCCAGGGAGGUACAACUAUACUACAGUAUGCCCAGACUUCAGAUGGACAGCAGAUCCUAGUACCUAGCAAUCAGGUGGUUGUACAAACUGCUUCUGGAGAUAUGCAGGCGUACCAGAUACGAACUACCUCAACCACCACCUCCCUUCCACAAACUGUGGUAAUGACUUCCCCAGUUACACUGUCUUGUCCUUCAACCAAAACGGAUGAUCCCCAGCUAAAACGUGAAAUAAGGCUAAUGAAAAAUAGGGAGGCAGCUAGAGAAUGCCGUAGAAAGAAGAAAGAAUAUGUUAAAUGCUUGGAGAACAGAGUUGCAGUGCUUGAAAAUCAAAACAAAACAUUAAUUGAAGAGCUAAAGACUUUAAAAGAUCUUUAUUGUCAUAAAACCGUUUGAAAUGGAUUUUUGUUUUCAUUUUAGAGGGGACUUUUUUUAUAUACUGAAUUUUCUAAAAUUAAAGUGAGAGGCCUUCUCAGUCUUUUAAAGAAAAAAAAAAUCAAUUUAACUUAUAAUUGUAUAAACGUCCGAAGAAUGUUACUGCCUGUGCUGCAAGCCCUAAAACCAACCAAUAUAGUGACUGUACCACUGAAAACAAAAUUCUGAAUUGUGGAUGGCCAAUGGCCAUUAAAUAUUUUCUAAAAUGUAUCUAGUACACAAUUCCUGCUUUUAAAUUAAUAAAGUAAUAUGAAUUACUGUCAAAUGUGGGAAAAAUAACUAUAGGCUUUUGCUUGCGUUGUCAACAUUCUGUUUCAUUUUCAUGUACAUAUUUUGCUUCUUUCUAUUAGCCCCAGUUUUAAACUUAAAGAUUACUUUAGUAAAAGUAUAACUUUACAGUAAAAAUGUUUACUUAUUGUACCAUAUAUAUUUUUUUUCAUUUCAUUGCUGUGUUUUUUUGUUUGUUUUUUUCCUAAGUUUUUUCAAUUGGGUUCUUUGGGGUAUCUUUUGCCAGUUUUAUUCCAAAAGGCACCUUUGGUACCUGCUAUAAUGGCCAUUAAGAGCUCUUGAUAAAUCCAUUAUAAACCAAAUAUUGGUUAGUGGGCAGAGCGGGACUAAAUUUAUGAAAGUGUUCAUAUUUUUGGCUACUCUGUGUGAUUUUACAUUUCUAUAAAUAAAUGGUGUGAUUAUUUACAUAA